AUGAAAUCAGUAAAUCAUGCGGCCAGACCAAGAAAGCGAGAAGUAAACCUCCAGGAACCGUGGAGUUCACCGUCGGAGCGAAGGACACUCUGAACAGCAUCGCUCUGAAGUUCAACAUCACUCCGAAUAAACUGGUGCAACUGAACCGUCUCUACUCGCUCAGCGUCGUACCUGGACAGAAACUGUUCGUCCCUGAGGUGGAGCAAUCAGAGCGGUCCUCUGAGCAUCUCACAGCGCUGGAGCUGAAG